AUCUUCCUUUCUUCCUUUUUUUUUUUAAAGCAGCAACAGACUAGCCAGCCAUAUUAUAGAGGUGGAAAUAAAGCUGCCCCAAUAUUAUAAAUGUCUUUGAAAUAAAUCCGUGCAUUUUUUUCCUUUUAGCAUCUAACCACUGCUCACCUUCCAGCCCUCAGUCCCCAGAUCACCCCCUCCCAGCCCCUAACCAAACUACAUCUCAGUCCUUGAAAAUGCACAGAGACGCCUGGCUACCUCGCCCGUCCUUCUGUUUCACUGGGCUCAGUCUGUUUUUCUCUCUGGUGCCAUCGGCAUCGAGCAUGGAGGUCACCGUUCCCCUGAAUCUCAAUGUCCUUAAUGGCACUACUGUCCGCCUGGCCUGCACCUUUAACUCUUGCUACACAGUGAACAAUAAACAAUUCUCCCUGAACUGGACCUACCAAGAGUGCGGGAACUGCACUGAGGAGAUGUUUCUCCAAUUCCGGAUGAAAAUCAUUAACCUGAAACCAAACCGCUUUGGGGAUCGAGUAGAAUUCACAGGGAAUCCCAGCAAGUAUGAUGUGUCUGUGACCCUGAAUAAUGUGCAGUUGGAAGAUGAGGGCACUUACAACUGCUACGUCAUGAACCCACCUGACCGUAACCGAGGUCAAGGCAAAAUCUACCUACAGGUCCUAACACAAGUGCCCCCUGAACGAGACUCAACGGUGGCUGUGAUCGUGGGUGCCUCGGUAGGUGGUUUCUUGGCCGUUAUCAUCCUGGCACUGAUGGUGGUCAAAUGUGUGAGGAGGAAACAGGAGCAGAAGCUGAAUGCGGAUGACCUGAAGACAGAAGAGGAGUGUAAGACAGAUGGGGAGGGCAACCCAGAAGAUGGUACCAAGUAAGGGUGGAUGGUCUCGUGGCCUUCCUCCUCUCAAGCCUACUUGUCUUCUUCUCAUCCCCCACCCUAUACAGUGUGCUCCUUGCCUACCCCUCUCAGUGUGCUCCUCUUAAGCCAGGAUUCCAGCCCCCCCCCACUCUGUGCCUCCUACUCCCGGCCCUCCCUACCCUCUUGCCCUAAGAGUGACUCACCUCUUUUCUAUCAGAGACACCCACCAUUAAACCAACUGGGAACUGAUGUUCAGAUGGGGUGUAGGCAAAUGAGGGGGCCUAGUAGGUACCACUGCUCAUAUAAAUGCCCAUCUUCCACAAGAGGAAGGUACAGUGGGGUCCUAGGCCAGCCAUUCCUGUAUAAAAGGUAGGAGGUUAUCCCAGGAGCCUAAAGAUGGGGAUGGAGAGGUAUCAAGAGAAGAUGAUGGAGGAAGAAAUCAGUGCUCUCAGCCUGCCAGAACUCGAGUUGAAUCUCUACGGCUUCACUAUCUUUGGAGAGCGCCCUAUUUAAGUGGCCAUCCUGGGAUUGAUGGAGCUACCCUGCAGAUAACCCCUUGUGCUGGUGUUUGCAGUUUGGGAGAUGUGCUCCUAACAGCAAAUUCCCUCAAAGUUCACCACAUUUUGGGGGGAGGGGUGUCUGAAGGAGUUCCCAUAGUUUCGGGGCCUUUGGUGGACUAAAAUGAAUUUCCUAGAUAUUGGAGGCUGAGAGAGCAAAGAGGAGCAGGUGCCUGGGUCUCAGCAUUCUCUGGGUUGGCCCUGUUGUUCACCCCAGAUCAGCUGCAGAGCUCUUCCAUCCUAAGAUUAACCUCAUUAUUCUAUGACUAGGGGAUUCGGGUUUUUAGGGUGAACUUACUGGGAGAAAUGAGUCGCUUGAUCUGGGCAUGGGUGGAUGGAGUGUGUAGUUCUAGCUAGGUAAGCCGACUGGGGGUGACUAUUUUGACACUGGUUGCCUAGCAACAGGAAAGCCCCAGUUGCAAACCAGGUUGGUGGGGGAGACACCUUUUACUAGCAGUCUCUGUUAGCCGCCUUCUCAGACAAGAUGCUCCCCAACUUAUGCCUUAGGAACACUCAGAGUGUGUGUGUGUGUGUGUGUGUGUGUGUGUGUGUGUGUGUGUGUGUGUGUGUGUGUGUGUGUGUGUCACAUUCUGAGGCUAAAGGAUGGGGGUUGAAUGUAAACUCAGAAGAAUGGAGGUAGCUUCUCUCCAAGGUCUGAUUUGAACAGACCAUUUCCAGUCUGCCUCCACAGUGUGUCUGACUAGUCUACAAUUUGCUGUCCAGAUUAGAGAGCAGAGAUGAGGUGGCAUGAGAAGGAGGUAUCUAGGAUGGGGUUCCAAAUCUCCUUUAGGCCUAGAGUACAUUUCAAUUCUGCUCACUUGUGGGGAAGGAAAAGACUCAGGAUUAACCGAGAGGAGAGCUGAUUUUCACUGCCAUUUUACCAGCUGCCCCAAACCUGAGAUGUAAGAAUUGCCUCAACUUGGGCUUUCCUUAGCUUGUUCAGGAAGAAAGAUGAAGUCUGGAGACACUCAGUCAGGAGACUGCAAAUGAUCUCUAUCCCCUGAGGAUUCUACCACUCUUCCCUGGUCCCUCUGUGUUCAAGAAGAGUCAGGCAGGAUAACUGGUUCUCCAGGGAGAGGCCCUUUUUCCUCCCAGAUAUUUAAGAGGGAAUGUAUGGAAUGCCCUCCUUCAGCUGUAGAUGAAGGGGGAAUUGCCCUGCCUUUCCUUAUUGUAGCUCCUCACAAAAGGAUUCUGCUGCUCUGCUCCAAGAAGAUAGAUAUAUUUGAAACAAAGGGAGUCAGAAUAAUGGGGGAAAGAGAGACUAAAGUCACUGGGAAAUGCCUUUAUAGGACAACCAAUUAGCCCCACCUGUUCUCUUUUGCCCACCCCAGUAUUGUACCUCCAGUGGCAAAAUGUCAAAGGCAGGGCAUGUAGGUGAAAGAAGAGGCAUGAAGGGAAGGGACUGAGACAGUCUUCUGAGAGGACAAUCUGCUCUAGUCCACCUGGCCUCUCAGGUUUCUGUGGCUCAAAAAGGCCUGGGUAAGGAGUUCUAAAACUCUGGGGAUGCACAAGAAGCCAUAAUAGAUAAGUGAACUACCAGCUCAGCUCCUAGUAGGACCAAGAUUAUAAUAAAAUUUUUUUCGUGCAUCCAAUUCCAUCUCUAUAGCGAAAGCCUGAGCCAUUAUUGCUGGGUUGGAGUUUGGGAAGAGAUGAAGUAGCAAAGAGGGUGAAAGAAAAUGAGAAGGGGAGAGGGGAGAGGGACUGGAAAGAGCAGCAGACAGGGAUGCUCUAGGGCAGAGUGAAAUCUGAUGUUCCAAGUUUCUCCAAGGCCCCAUCUAGUUCUUAACUGCCAAAUCAACACUGCCAAUGGGGCCAGGGUGGAUUGAAAUCCAGCCUGCUGGUUGUCUGGGAUGGGUUGGUACUGCCUGCCCUAGAGCAGGGAAGGAAGAGCAUGGGACUCUCACCUGCUUUUAUUAAUACUGGAGGAGGACGAUUCACUUCUACUUAUUCUUCUGAAUGUACCUUCCGUCUGCCCUCUUAUCACCUCUAAAUUCUCAGCCCAUUUUGAUUUUGGACACACUAUUCCUCCCAGGGUUUUGAGGGUUUCUGAGAAGAAGUUGAUUUUCCCUUCUUCCAGCCAUACUUUUCUCUCCAAGGACCAGAGGAUCUCUUCAAGGCCAACUUCAAUUCAAUUAAAAAAACAAACAUUGAUUAAGUACCUGUUAUGUGUCUUUGGGAUAGAAAGACAAAAAUGAAGCAAGGCCCUCUCCUAUAGGAGCUUACAUUCUUCCUGGGGGGAGGAAUACUACACAUACACAGUAUAUACGAGGUCAUCUCAAGAGGGAAAAAGUAGAAGGUGGUAGUACCAGACCUGUGCUUUACAGAAAGCUUGGGGUUCAAGGAGCUAGAAAUGAGAAUGGAGAGCAUUAGGGGGUGAUGAGGGAAACCACCAUUGCAAAUUCAUGGAAAUAGGAGAUGUAACAAUUAGAGACCAGUGUGAAGGAUUAGAAUGCAAAGGAUGGAGUAACUAGAAAUGACAGAAAGGGAAGGUGGAAACCAGAUUGCAGAGGACUUAAAAUGCUUAUUUUAUCCUUGAAGCAAUAGUGGGUCACUGGAAAAUUUUGAGUUGGAGAGGGACAUGAUUAGAUCUGUGCUUUUUUUUUUUUUUAAGCCAGACCUGUGAUAUCAUUAGUAUGGGAAAUUUUCUCCGUCAAUGCAGAUUGACAUCUCCUCUGAAACUUAGUCAACUGAGAGGUUAAGUGACAGAUAACCAAUAUGUCUCAGAGGCAAGAUUUGAACUGAGCCUUCCUGACUAUGAGGCCAGCUCUCUCUCCAUUAUAACAUGAUAGUGAAAAAUCUAUACUUUAGAAAUCUCAAUUUGACAUUUUUGUUUAUGGAAUGCAUUAGAUAGGAGGAGAUAAUGGAACGAAGGAAGACUAGUAAGGAGGUCAUUAUAAUAGUCCAGGAAAGGAGAGAUGAAGACCUUACCUAUGGUGAACAGGGGACUCUGUGAGUGGAGAGAAAAGAAUCAUUGUAAGAGCCGUGAAGGUAGAACCAACAAGAUUUGGUCAAUAGUAUCCAGAGAUGAAGAGGAAGAGGGAAGAGUCAAGGAUGACCUUUGUGACUGGUAGGAUUGUGAUGCUCUCAGAAGAAAAUAAAGGAAAUUUAGUGAAGUUAUGGGUUUUGGAAGAAAUACAAAGAGUUCUUUUGAACAUGUUGAAUGUGAGAUGCUGACAAGAUGGAAUGUCUAGGUGAAGAUUGUAGAGUUCACUGCCCAAAUGGGGAAUGGUCUUAAUCCAAUCUUAUGAAGUAGGGUCUGGGAAUUUUUAAGGUUCACAAGAUGUGGGACUUCAAGAGACAUAAAGGCCUAACAUAUAGAUUGGGAAGUCAUCUUCAUAGGGAGAAUAAUCAAAUCCACGGGAGUUGUUGAGGUCACUAAGGGAGUCUCUGUAGAAACAGAAGAGGAUUGAGUAUUAGGAUAUGCUCACAUUUGAUGGGUAUGACGAGGAUAAUGAAACUAAGAAGUGUAGGAGGAGAACCAAAAGGAAGCCAAGGGAGAAGAACUUCCAGGGUAAACACAUGGUUGGCAGUGUCAAAAGUGGCGGAGAGAUAAAACAGAGUGAAAAUUAAGGAUAGGUCAUUGGAUUGCUGGUAACCUUAGGGAAAGUAGUUUCAGUCCAAUUGGAGGGUAGAGAAGAGAAUGGAAGGUGAGGAAAUGGAUGCAUUAAGUGUAGAGGACUCUUUCUAGUUGUGAAAUGGAGAAGAGACAUGGAACAAUUGGUUGAGGGAGGGCAGAAUCAAGGGGAAGUUUUUAAAGAUUGAGCAUUUUUGUGAGUGACAGUGGGAAGAAGCCAGUAGAGAAUGAAAGAUGAAAGGCAAAUGAGAAGAUUUUCAGAGUGGUAAGUUCCUGGAGGGGAAGGGAUGGAAUCAAAAGUCAGAAUGGAAGGGUUGGAAAGAAGAAAGAAUUCUUGCUCAUCAGUUUGAAGAAAAGGAGAUAAAAAUGAAGAAUGAAGAAGAGGGAUUUUGACGUGUGUUUGGGGAAAAUAAAUAGCUUGUGAUGGAUGUUCCCUAUUAGUUAAAGUAAAAGAAGAGUUUGUCUAUUGAGGGGAAGUGGGGAAAAGGUAAUGUAGGUUUAAAACGAGGUUUAGAAUGGCCACCAUAGAGUGUCUAAUAGACAGCUAAUCAGGAAACAGUGAAAGGGUUGCUUUGCAGCACAUUAGAGAAACAUAAAAUUGUAGUGAAUCUCAUCCACAGGAUUGUGUUAUUUUGGCUUGGAUCAUCCAACAAGAAAGAGGUCUGGCAAGAAUUGACUGGUGACAGGAUAAGGGAGCAAGGAAUUCAAGAGUAGUUGAUAACAUACAGUUGAUUGAUUGAUCAACAUAGAAUCAAGGCUAUGAAGUGAGAGAAAAAAGGCUAGAAACGGGAUAAUUAAGUGGGGUGAGGGCAGGGACAACAAGGUUGAGGUCUUAAGGAGUUUAAAUAACUUGCCUAGUGUCAUACAAGUAUGUUAGAUAUAGGAUUUGAAUCCAGGUCCUCUGACUGCACAGGCAGUCUGCACAGUCUUUCUACUGUACUACAAUGAAACUUUCUCAAGAGAUACCUUGGCUGGGGGCGCAGAUACUCAUUCCUUAUCUAGAAACAAUAACUUUCCCAUAUGACUGCCCCAUCCCUAUCCCUUUACUACCUCUGGUACCCUUACACUCAGGAUCUGUGAAGGCCCCUCUGUUGUCCUUCCUGCCCCAAAACUGAAGGCUGAACUGAAUGUGAGAACCAAUGUUAGGUUCCUGGAGACUGAGUUAAUCCCAAGCCCUUCCUCCAUUUUGGAGGCUGAUUUCAACCCAAAUGGAUACAAGGCAUAUCCAGGAGACAGCCUUGCUCAAUCAUGAUCUCCUUCAAUUCCAGCAUCCUUUAGUGAUGAGGUCAUCUAGUUAAAAGAGAUGCUACUGAGAAUUCCCCUUUGUAGGAGAGGUAGGGAUGAGUUGGUCCUAGGGCAAGUAGUUCUUUUAUCAACACUGAUGGCAUUUUGAGAACUUAUUUGCAAGGCCCUCUAAGUUUAUUAUUCCAAGAUUUCCUGAAAGGAAAUAAGGAUUCCUGGGCCCUUUCCCCAGCUUUGAAUCUAUGGUAAAAAAAACUUGGGGACUCAGGUCCUUAACGAUAUAAAAAAAUGGAUUAGAUACCAAGAGUGGCCAGGGGUGCCUCCUCUAUGCAUUCAACUCUGCUGACCCUAAGAAUCUCUUUUCCUACAUUGUUCCUCCCAAGCUGCUUCUUCUUCAAGAGAUCCAGCCUAUUUUGACUUGGGUAGCUGAGUAAUUUUUCCCCUUUACCCUCAGGGUAGGCACUCCUGUUCACUAGCUUCAUUUCUGUCCCUCUCCCCAAUAUUGUUCUGGGAUUCUCAUCUCUUCCUCUCCUGCUUUCCUCCUCAAGCCUCUUCCCAAUAUGUCACUGUGAAAGGAAAUGGGCUGGCCAACCCUGGAAGCUGGGGUUUAUGAAUAAAGCACAAACAUUCAGGACUGAAAUGCCUUGGGAUGCCUUGGAUCCUGUCUUGUAAAUAACCCCUUGCGCGCUCAUCCCAAGUCACUAUUUAUAUCAAUGAGAAGAAAAAAGAAGCUAAUCCCAUUCAGACUCUUGUGCUGCCUAGGGAAGGGUGUGCCAGUGGUUAUUUACAGGGGCAGGUCAAUAAGUUGAUGAGAGAUACUGGCCAGGUCCAGAGCGAUAAGCCUAGGUCACAAGGAUGGCCUAGAUCAUUUGGAACGGGUAAUGAGCAAGAGAUUUUCCUUCCUAUCUAUGUCUUAAUUGCCAGAAAACCCAUGUCUUAAGUAUUUCCUAUCUCUUGCUGAUGUCCUCCUUUAAUUGCAACUUGUUGAUGCCACUGUAUAUAGAUGUACUCUAUAUGCUCAUGUGCUCUACACGUACACAUACUUCUGUGUGUAUGUGUCUAUUAUCUAUAGAUUAAAAAAACAUCUCGUUGCACUCACCACAAGCUUGUUAUAUUUGGGGGUGUCGUUUUCUCAUUUCUUUGGAGGGGGGCUGAUUUUAUCAAGGCCAGACCACGGAAUGUUUUAUUGCUUUUUGUACCUUUGGAGGGAAAAAAAUUCCCACAAGACUAAAUGGACAUUUAAUAGUUCCCGUGUGUGUUAAUUGAGGGGGGAGGGCACAGGGCAGAGAUGCAAGAAAGAAAUGAAAACAAUCCUCCAUCACUGCCACUAUGCGGAUCAGCACAUUGGGGAAGAACAAGCUUCUCUUGAAGGAGUGUCAUGGUUUGGAUCUGUCUGCCACAAUAAAUGGGAUGCCUCCACCCAAA